GCUCUGUGCGGUUUUACAGUGGCGGGAAAAUCUAAAAUCCUCAGACAUUUCAACGUCUAUGGCCAGAAGACGCCUAAGGCUGCACUGCUCAUCCGACGAAGAAGAUGCAGAAAGCCAACAACAACCCCAAUACGAACCUCCACAAGGAAGCUCCGCCGUCCGUAACCAACCCGUGACAGUAUCUCCUCCUGACCCUAACCCCGCCGAGCCACUCGCGAUCUCCGACGACGAUUUCGUCGAUGCCGGUGAAAGCUUGACUCCUUCUCCGGUGGAGGAAACGUCUGCACCGCUUACAUCAGUGGAGAGCUAUGGCUCUCCGAUUGCUGACUUUCUUUUAGGGAUGGGACUCAAAUUGAGGAGAGAGUGGCUGGAUUCCUGCGUUCAAGGAUUAGAGAGCUCGGUCCCUAGGUUUUUGAAUCUCGAUAUUUCUGAAAAGGCGAAGCUUUGCUUUCAACAAUUCUUGCUUUCUGAUAUGAAUUACUCCGGCGGCGGUAUUCUUCCUGAAAAUGUUGAUUCUAUGCGUCUUGUUGAUCUCAAAGGACCCUUUGUUUUGCAGGUUGAUGAGAUAGUAAAUAUCAGUUGUCCGCUCAAGGGAAGGUAUCAGGAUACACCUGGACUCAAGAGGUGCCUUAAAUUAUCCAUUACAGAUGGUGUUCAACGCGUGUUCGGCAUGGAAUACAGGCCUAUCAAAGAUCUUCAAGUUUUGACUCCUGCUGGAUUGAAGGUAGUUAUCUGUAAUGUGCAUAUACGACGUGGGCUUCUUAUGCUGGUUCCUGAAAGUUUAGAAAUUCUAGGGGGAGUGGUUGAGGACCUAGAAGCUGCACGACAGCGCCUUGUUGCUGAAGUAAACAAGCCACCUAGGGGUAAAAGAACAAAGACAGGACUGAUUCUUCCUUUAGCAACUAGAGCAACUCUUGCUGCAUUGCCACUGAAUGGUGUUAAUUCUGUUGAGCCAACUAACACUUUAAUAUCUCAAAACUUGGCUCCUUUUUGGACAGAUGAAAGAGGUGCUACUUUGGUUUCAUCUAGCACUGUUACUGAAAGAACUGUAGAGGAUCCCACUGCUCGUACGGGUGGGGCGAAUGCUGCGCCUAAUUCAUCAUCGGAUGUUGCUUUGGAUGUUGAGAGGAUGCAUAUUGAUAGUGUUUCCAAUAGCAGGGAAAAUGCUAUGUCAAAUUCAAACUUGAAUACCGCACCAGAUAACGAGCACAUCCAUGUGGUUGAACAUCCUCUCAUACUGUUGGGAGACCGAGAAGUCCCCUUUACCUACUUAGCUAGUUUGUCAGCCAAGUGGGCUGCUAUUAAAGAUAAAGCUACGUAUGUACAGGGAAAAAUUAAGUGCUUCUUGACUGGUGUCAAGGGAUUCCAGUAUAAGCAAAGGACAAUUUACGAGCUUCUAUGUUAUGUUGACGAUGGUAGCCUCAUCUCCGAGAUCCUCAUUGAUCACAAUGUUGUGCAGAAAGGAAUAGGCCGUUCUCCGCAAGAGGUCACUGCAGCUCUUUCUUCUUCAGACAAACAAAUAGUUAGUGGUAUGAAGGAGACUAUGAGGCAGUUUCAGGCAUUUUUAGCACAUUUUGAGGGUUUGAUGCUCGUAGAGAUAAACAGAACAACUCCUCUCCCAAUUGCCAAGGAGAUGACCCAGGGCUGUCCUGCAUCUGAUGCAAGAUUGCUUCUUAGAAGAUUGACGCCUUCUUCGUGCCGAACUCCGGAGCACCGGCCGUCGGAUCCCAUCGAGAUAUCCCAUUAAUUGGCUUCAUGAUAUGAGUACGUCAGUUUAUG